GCGGUCACACUGAAUGACACGUCAAGCCGGACAGAAAAGAACACAAAAAAGCGAAAUUACAACCAGGAAAGAGACGUAACGUCACCCAAAACUACAAAACAUCCCCCGUGACACCUGACAUUAAGUCGGGAUAAGCUAGCCAGGAUGAGCCAAGUGCCGUGCUACACGAUAAUUAACUCGCCGGACCUGGAGGUCCCCAACGAGAUGCAGCUGAAGCAAGAUUUGGAAAAGGGCGACACGAACCACAAGAUCGAGACGCUGAAGAAGGUGAUCAAGCUGCUGCUCAAUGGCGAGCGCUACCCUGGCCUGAUUAUGACCAUCAUACGCUUCGUGCUGCCCGUGCAGGACCACACAAUCAAGAAGCUGCUGCUCAUCUUCUGGGAGAUUGUGCCCAAGACAUCGGGCGACGGCAAGCUGCUGCAGGAAAUGAUUCUCGUGUGCGAUGCGUACCGCAAGGAUCUGCAACACCCAAACGAGUUCCUGCGCGGCUCCACGCUGCGUUUCCUCUGCAAGCUGAAGGAACCCGAGCUGCUAGAGCCCCUGAUGCCCGCCAUCCGGGCCUGCCUGGACCACCGUCACUCGUACGUGCGCCGCAACGCCGUCCUGGCCAUCUUCACAAUUUACAAGAACUUCGACUGGCUGGUGCCGGACGGGCCGGAGCUGAUCGCCAACUUCCUGGACACACAGCAGGACAUGUCGUGCAAGAGGAACGCCUUCCUCAUGCUGCUCCACGCCGACCAGGAGCGCGCCCUUAACUACCUGGCCUCCUGCAUCGACCAGGUGCACAGCUUCGGCGACAUCCUGCAGCUGGUUAUUGUAGAGCUCAUCUACAAGGUGUGCCACGCCAAUCCCGCCGAGCGGUCGCGCUUCAUCCGUUGCAUCUACAACCUACUUAACUCCUCCUCGAAUGCGGUCCGCUACGAGUCCGCCGGCACACUCAUCACCCUCUCGCUGGCCCCCACCGCCAUCAAGGCCGCCGCCAGCUGCUACAUCGAGCUGAUCGUGAAGGAGAGCGACAACAACGUGAAGCUCAUUGUCCUCGACCGUUUGAUAGCCAUGAAGGAGAACGAGAACAUGGAGAAGGUCAUGCAGGAUCUGGUCAUGGACGUGCUGCGUGUCCUGGCCGCUCCCGAUAUCGAGGUGCGCCGCAAGGCCCUCGCCCUGGCCAUGGAUCUGGUCUACUCGCGCAACAUCGGCGAGAUGGUGCUGGUGCUCAAGAAGGAGGUGGCCAAAACGCACAACGUGGAGCACGAGGACACGGGCAAGUACCGGCAGCUGCUCGUCCGCACCCUGCACAUCUGCUCCAUCAAGUUCCCCGAUGUGGCCGCCACCGUGAUUCCCGUUCUCGUGGAGUUCCUCUCGGACACCAACGAGCUGGCCGCCGCCGAUGUGCUCAUCUUCAUACGCGAAGCAAUCCAGAAGUUCCCGGCCCUCAGUGCUCUCAUCAUUGAGCACCUCAUCGAGGCCUUCCCCCAGAUAAAAUCCUCGAAGAUUCAUCGUGCCGCCGUGUGGAUCCUGGGCGAGUAUGUGGAGGGUCCGCAGAUUCUCGAGGUGAUUGACGCCAUCCAGCAGACGCUCGGCGACAUUCCCAUGGUCGAGGCCGAGCAACGUCGCCUAACUGGUGACCCAACGGAUGAGCAGAAUCAGCAGCAGGGAGGCGCAUCCGGUGAUGGCAACGGCAGCAGCAGCACCACCACCACAAGCAAUGCCAUCAACAAGGUUACCUCCGACGGCACCUAUGCCACCCAGAGUGCCUACAGCCUGGCCCCGGUGACCAAGGCGGAGAAGCGUCCGCCGCUGCGGCAGUACUUGAUGGACGGUGACUUCUUCAUUGGAGCCGCCCUGUCAGCCACUCUGACCAAGCUGGCCCUGCGCUACGUGGAGCUGCAGCCAGAGUCGAGUGCCCAGAACCGCCUUACCACGCGAGUGAUGCUGAUCAUGAGCUCGAUCCUGCACCUGGGCAAAUCCGGGUUCCCCAGCAAGCCGAUCACCAACGACGACACUGAUCGCAUCUUCAUCUGCCUGCGCACGCUGAGCGAACGCACCGAGGAGGCUGUGUCCGUAUUCAUGCACUACUGCCGCGAGGCUCUGGGCAAGAUGCUCGAUGCCCAACACGACGAGGAUCUGCGCAUGCUCAAGGAGAAGCAGCGUGCCACCGCCAAGGUGCAGCCAGAUGAUCCAGUGCUCUUCGCACAGCUCUCCAAUGGCCGCGACAAUCAGCUGGGCGAGAACGUGUUCGAGUCCAGUCUGAAUCAGGCACUGGCCGGCACCAAGACGGCCCAGCUUAGCGACAUCUCCUCGCCCAACAACAAACUCAACAAGGUCACCCAGCUGACAGGCUUCUCGGAUCCGGUCUACGCCGAGGCCUACGUCAAUGUCAACCAGUACGACAUUGUCCUGGACGUGCUCAUCGUCAACCAGACAAAUGAUACCCUGCAGAACUGCACCUUGGAGCUGGCCACGCUGGGCGAUCUGAAGCUGGUGGAGCGUCCACAUCCAGUUGUGCUGGCACCCCACGACUUCUGCAACAUCAAGGCCAACGUGAAGGUCUCCUCCACAGAGAACGGCAUAAUCUUUGGCAACAUCGUGUACGAUACUGCGCUGAACACGAAUGUGAUCGUGCUGAAUACCAUACACAUUGACAUCAUGGACUACAUCAUUCCGGCCAGCUGCACGGACACUGAGUUCCGCCAGAUGUGGCAGGACUUUGAGUGGGAGAACAAGGUCACAGUUAACACGAGCUUCACCGACCUGCACGAGUAUCUCAGGCACCUGCUCAAGAGCACCAACAUGAAGUGCCUUACGCCGGAGAAGGCGCUGUCCGGCCAGUGCGGCUUCAUGGCCGCCAACAUGUAUGCCAAAUCCAUCUUCGGUGAGAAUGCCUUGGCCAACCUGAGCAUUGAGAAGCCCGUCGAUGACCCCGACUCAAAGGUGACAGGCCACAUACGUAUACGUGCAAAGAGUCAGGGUAUGGCCUUGAGUCUGGGCGACAAGAUCAGCUCCUCUCAAAAGCAGUCCGUGCAGGCGGCCUAGUGGCCAAACAGCCAACCCCAAGAGCCGCAUUCGAAUGCAUCUCUGAAGCUUCUGCAAAUUUCAUGAUAUACAUAUGAUGAUACAUUCAAUAUACAUUUAUUAUAUAUACUUUAACCCACAAAA